AUGGCCUUCACAGACCUGCUGGACGCCCUGGGUGGCGUGGGUCGCUUCCAGCUGGUCUCCACGGCCCUGCUGCUGCUGCCCUGCAGCCUGCUGGCCUGUCACAACUUCCUGCAGAACUUCACGGCCGCCGUGCCCCCCCACCACUGCCAAAGCCCCGCCAACCACACUGCGGCCGCCGUCUACGGCUCGGAGGCCUGGCUGAGGGCCACCGUACCCCUGGACCCGCUCGGGGUCCCCGAGCCAUGUCGGCGCUUCACACAGCCUCAGUGGGCCCUCCUGAGCCCCAACGCCUCUGUCCACGGGGCAGCCACGGAGGGCUGCAAGGACGGCUGGGUCUACAACCGCAGUGUCUUCCCGUCCACCAUCGUGACGGAGUGGGACCUGGUGUGCGAGGCCCGCACCCUCCGUGACCUGGCUCAAUCCAUCUACAUGGCCGGGGUGCUGGCAGGCGCCGCUGUGUUUGGCAGCCUUGCAGACAGGCUGGGCCGCAAGGCCCCCCUGGUCUGGUCAUACCUGCAGCUGGCAGUUUCGGGGGCGGCCACGGCGUACUUCGGCUCCUUCGGCGCCUACUGCUUCUGCCGGUUCCUGAUGGGCAUGACUUUCUCCGGCAUCAUCCUAAACUCGCUCUCUCUGGUCGUGGAGUGGAUGCCCACCCGGGGCCGGACCAUGGCGGGGAUCUUGCUGGGGUACUCGUUCACCUCGGGUCAGCUCAUCCUGGCGGGCGUGGCGUACCUGAUCCGCCCUUGGCGGUGGCUGCAGUUUGCCGUCUCUGUCCCCUUCCUCGUCUUUUUCUUCUACUCUUGGUGGCUGCCAGAGUCAUCUCGAUGGCUCCUCCUUCAUGGCAAGUCCCAGGUAGCUCUGAAGAACCUGCGGAAGGUGGCUGCGAUGAACGGGAGAAAGGAGGAAGGGGAAAGGCUGACCAAGGAGGUGGUGAGUUCCUACAUCCAGAGUGAGUUUGCAACUGGUCGCCCCUCCAGCUCAGUCUUGGACCUCUUCCGAACCUCAGCCAUCCGUAAAGUCACGUGCUGUCUCAUGGUGGUCUGGUUCUCCAACUCCCUGGCUUACUACGGCCUGGCCAUGGACCUGCAGAAGUUUGGGCUCAGCAUGUACCUGGUACAGGUGCUAUUCGGCGUCAUAGACAUCCCAGCCAUGCUGGUGGCCACCACCACCAUGAUUUACGUGGGCCGCCGGGCCACAGUGGCCUCCUUCCUCAUCCUGGCUGGGCUCAUGGUGAUCUCGAACAUGUUUGUGCCGGAAGAUAUGCAGAGCCUGCGCACGGCCCAGGCGGCACUGGGCAAAGGCUGCCUGGCCAGCUCCUUCAUCUGUGUGUACCUGUUCACGGGAGAGCUGUACCCUACGGAGAUCAGGCAGAUGGGGAUGGGCUUCGCCUCUGUCAACGCCCGGCUCGGGGGCCUGGCGGCGCCGCUACUCACCAUGCUCGGGGAGUUCAGCGCCGUCCUGCCGCCCGUGGGCUUCGGGGCCCCCUCGAUCCUGGCCGGGCUGGCCGUCUGCUUCCUGGCUGAGACCCGCGACGUGCCCCUGGUGGAGACCAUCGAGGCGAUGGAGAGGAGAGUCAAGGAACGCCUGUCCAGGAAGGAUGCAGAAGAGAAGGGUGAAGAAGUUUCUCUUCAGCAGCUGGGAGCCUCGCCCCUCAAGGAAACCAUCUAA